AUGGCUGGUGGACCCGAAUUCCAGCACUACGCGGAGCUGGCCUUCUGGCUAGGCUGCGGGCCACUGGCAAAGCUGCUGGUCCAUCUGUCGGAGCGGGCUGCCCGCUCUGAGCCUCUUGCAGAGCCGACAGCGACAACGGCGGAUGCAGAGGUGGGGGCAGCAAAGACAACCAGGGAGUACAUCCUCUAUUUUGACGUUUGGCGAUCCAUCUGUGUGGCCCUGGUUGUGAUCACCCACUCCAAUGAAGCCUAUGCAGAGUGGAACGUUUUUGCUGUCCAGGCAUGGGUCUUGCCUUACCUUGAACUCAUCUCUGGCACUUUGUGCGCUGUCAGCAAGAGAGGCGUGCUGGACUACAUGGCAAAGCUCCUGCUGUACACUUCCGCGGGCUGCCUCAUGAACCUGCUAGCAUGCUCGGCUCGCGGCAGCCCGCAGUGGUGGAGCGACACGGCCCUGAACGUCGCCUUCCAGCUGGGCUUCACCUUCCAGCUGGCCAUCUUUGGCCUCUUGAUGGCACCCCUGCGCUGGCAACUCUCCGACCCUCAGAAGGCAAGCAGCCGCACACGGUGGAACAUUGGCAUCUUCGGCAGUCUUGCACUCUGCCUUUUUGGGGCAAUACUGAUGGAAGUAUUGCUCAACAAAUCCAGCGAGGGCUUGAAGUCGACAACGGAUUACGUGCUCAUCCCGGCGUUGGAGUGUCUCCUGCAUGUCCUGAUGCUCUGUGUGCUUGCAGAACAUCUACCAAUGAGGUGGAAGGGCUUCCUGGGCCACGCGUCAUGGCUGUUUCUCUACAGCACUCGGCUGGCACGCCGCCAGCCCCGACCUCUGGGUCCCGAGCUGCACCUUGGCGAGGUCUUCUUUUGGGCCUUUACCACGAAGUUGGUACCCAUGGCGGGUCAGGAGGCGAUCGGGCGCGUUAUGACGAAGCUCUGGCCCUUCUUGCUGGUAGCCUGUGGCCUGCUGCUGAGACCGGGCGUCUUCGGCCGCAUGGACCAGUAUCCCUGGGACUCUUUUGCCGACCGCGUCCGAAUGUACCUGUGCGAGUUCAUCGCUUGCAUGGCGUUCCUAACCAUUCCCGUUUCCAACCUCCCCGACAAGCUCGCCUUCCCCCAAAGCUGGCGAAGGCACAUGGUCUGGCUAAACUGGUGGUCACUGCUCGCAUUCAUGAGCCACAAGGCCUUCUACUACCUGGUGGACGGUAUCUGGCCGUGGUAUUGCAUGGUACUCACGGUCUAUGGUUGUGCUUUUCUCUGUUUCUUGGUAUGGCGGCCGCGAGAGAUGGAGGAGGCAGGGGAGAACGCUUCAUGGACGGGCUCCCCGCGUGCAGUUGAACUAGUGCAGGUUUCAGCUUCCUUUACAUCUGCGGAAGGCUAG